AGCUACUUUCCCGUCCCGAGAUCUCCAGAGUUGCUCGCUGGAGUGUGUAAGUAGUUGAGCGCAGGCCACGCCCCCCGAGCGUGGUGUCAGAGUGAAAGAGAGGCUCUGGUUGGUCGGCUUGGCGGACAACAUCUGCUCGACUCCUUCAUUCAAGUGACACCGGAGCUUUGAGGGAUAUUUGAGGCACCAUCCGUUCCCUUUCCUGGCCACUUCUCGCACUUGUACCAGCGCCGGUCGCACGCUCCGAGCGAGGCUUGGGAAAGAUCCGGGAUCUCUCGUCUUGAUCACCCCACGCUGCGCGCACACUUUUUUUCUUGCAAAGAAGUGUGUGUGUGUGAGAGAGAGGGCGAGCUCUCCUCCGGUCAGUGCUGUUGGCGUAGACAUCGGGGCCAUGCAUGCUGCAGAGUGGUUGGGGAAAUUCGUGACCCUGGCUUUGGUCUUUGCAAGCUUGGAUCCGGUGGUGGGCACGGAAGCCACCAACCCUCCGGAUGGUGCCCAAGAUAACAGAGCGCCUCAGCAAAAAGGGCGCCUGUCUUUGCAAAACACAGCUGAAAUCCAGCACUGUCUGGUCAAUGCUGGUGAUGUGGGGUGCAGUGUAUUUGAGUGCUUUGAAAACAACUCCUGUGAGAUCCGAGGCUUACAUGAGAUCUGCAUGACGUUCCUCCACAAUGCUGGAAAAUUUGAUGCCCAGGGAAAAUCCUUCAUUAAAGAUGCUCUGCGGUGCAAGGCUCACGCCUUACGGCACAAGUUCAGCUGCAUCAGCCGCAAGUGCCCUGCCAUCAAGGAGAUGGUGUUCCAGCUGCAGCGAGAAUGCUACCAGAAGCACGACCUCUGCUCGGCAGCCAAGGAGAACGUCCAGGUCAUUGUGGAGAUGAUUCACUUCAAAGACCUGCUGCAGCAUGAGCCGUAUGUCGAUUUAGUGAACACCUUGCUCACUUGUGGAGAGGAGGUUAGAGAGGCCAUCACUCGGAGUGUCCAGGCCCAGUGUGAACAGAGCUGGGGCAGCCUGUGUUCUAUCCUGAGUUUCUGCACCUCCGUCCCACAUGGAGAUUUCACCCUUGAACCUGAGAAGAAGCCAAAUGAAGUCCCCAGAUCCUCUAUUAGUCAAGGGGACAUUAUAGUCCACCCUGAACCUGACGCCAGAGAGAGCUCCCGAAACACCAGAGGGGAGAGAGGUAGCAGGCUUCCUGGGAAUGCCCAAACCCGCACUAAAGCUGGGAGCCACAAUCCCAAAGCAGCUCACGGGAUUGUCGAACAGGCAGAGGAACUGUCUGACUUCUCUGACAUCCGGAGGUGAAAGGAGGAUGUAGCUCUUCUUUCCCCCUGCACCAGAACCUUCCUCCAUUGAGUUCAUCUUCUUAUCUAGGGGCAUUCCAAAAUAUGUACAAUAUAGAGGGGUGGUGUCAGGCAUAGGGCAUUGUGGGAUAUGUGGCAGUGACAGUGUAUGUAUUAUAAGUAACAGAGGACAAGCAACAGCUAUUGGUUAUUGAUUGUAUCCAGCAAAUUUGAUGUGUAGGUGCAACAAAAUGUAUUCAUGUAAAUCUUUUCAUCUCUUAAAGAGGGGAAACGGGAGAUUAGAUGCAGGUUUGGGGUGGUGGUUAGGGGAUUUGCCCACAUUUUAAUUGGUGAACAUGUAGACCAGGUUCAACAUUGAGACUCGAGGCAGAAAAUAAUCUAGUCUCCACUCUGUUAGAGGCAAUGAGGUGCUCCAGAUCAGCUGUUGAGAAACUCAAAUACAGAGCUCUGCAUAGGGGACCUUGGAAAUGCAAACUAAAUUGUCUGUCUGAGCCAUUGAUCCUGUCUAAGUGACACCACCUGCCUUAAGUGUCCCUUGCAUUGGUUUGGGUGGCUCUUAGCUGACCUCUUCUGCUUUUUGUUCCAGUUUCCUUAGGAAAUUGGCUGAUGAGGGAAUCAGUUUCUGGACAAGGACAUUUUCAACCAACCCAAAAUCAUGCCAAUUUCUUUUUUCUUUCCCCCUCC